UGACUACAUUCAUGCUCGCUUGAUUUGCCCUGCUAGAAAAGAAGCGGUUUCUGCUGCCGACGGCGAUGUGCUCUUUGGUGGCGGCACUGCACCAGUCAGCGGGUCCCGUUCCUGUCUCUGCGCUUUUCCCUCCCCCCCCUCCCCCCCAGGAGGCACAUGGGAGGUUCGCGACGGAGGAGAGUCGAAGAGAAAGGGGUCGUUUUGGGCCUGACACUUUUCGUCACCUUCCCGAGAUCUUUUUCUGAAACGAGUUGUGUUUGCGAUCUUUUUGGUGACGGCUCUAGACGACCUUGAAAAUGAAGCUCGUGCUGCUUUUCCUCGCUCUUGCGGUGUCUGGCGCCGUGGCAGAAAAUGCCGGAGUCAGAAAGGCGUACAUGGAUAUCGACAUCGACGGUGAACAUGCCGGGCGCAUUAUCUUGGAGCUCCGUGAGGACAUCGCUCCCAAAACUGUCAAGAACUUCAUUGGCCUUUUCGACAAGUACAAGGGCAGCGUUUUCCACCGUAUCAUCCCCGACUUCAUGAUCCAGGGAGGAGAUUUCGAGAACCACAACGGCACUGGAGGACACAGCAUCUACGGCCGAAGAUUUGACGACGAAAACUUUGAUUUGAAGCACGAGCGAGGCGUCAUCUCUAUGGCGAACGCCGGUCCGAACACCAAUGGCAGCCAAUUUUUCAUCACCACCGUGAAGACAGAGUGGCUCGACGGCAGACACGUUGUUUUCGGGAAGAUCACAACUGAGUCGUGGCCUACCGUCCAGGCUAUUGAGGCUCUCGGCGGCAGCGGCGGCCGCCCGUCUAAGGUCGCGAAGAUCACGGACAUUGGUUUGUUGGAGUAAAUCGAGAAGAUCCUGUGUACAUCUGGAUGCACGUGUCGUUUCCCCUGAUAUCUAUUCGUGUGAGGCAAGUGUGCCCUCUUCCCGACGAAAGUGGGGAGUCCACACCACUGAACGUUUUUUUAAACAUUUCUAAAUACUAGACUCUGUCGACUCAUUCUUUCUGCUAAGAACGCUGAGCACAC